UUUUAUAUGUCUGGUUUUUGUUUUCUUUUCAGAUCAUAUACUACUCAAUGAAAUGGCAGAACAUGGAGCAGAUUCUGAAGCACCACAGAGGCGUGUGGGCAUGAACAAGGAACAGCAAAAUGGUACCUUUGCAGACCCUGCAUUGCUCAGUGAGAGAAAGCAGAAGGACAGAGAGGAGAGGCUGAGCCUUGUCCUCUGGAAGCGACCUCGUAUUACAUUGCAGUAUUUUUUCCUGGAAACCCUGAUAGACUUGAAAGAAUGGACAAUAAAAUUAUGGCAGAGGAGAGGGAUGGUUUUAAGUAUUUUGUUGCUGCUUGCAUGUCUUACACUUGCAUAUUAUACUGAAGGAACACAUCAGAAGUAUGUGCAAUACUUGGAGAAGAAGUCUAUGUGGUGUGCCUACUGGGUAGGCUUGGGCAUUUUAUCUUCCGUUGGUCUUGGAACUGGUCUUCACACCUUCCUGCUUUACUUGGGUCCACAUAUUGCAUCAGUGACUCUGGCUGCAUAUGAAUGCAACUCUGUGAACUUCCCAGAGCCUCCAUAUCCAGAGAAGAUUAUUUGUCCUGAUGAGGAAGGCCUUGAGGCCGGAGCCAUCUCUCUAUGGACCAUCAUCUCGAAGGUCCGACUGGAGGCCUGCAUGUGGGGUGCUGGCACUGCCAUUGGUGAGCUUCCUCCCUACUUCAUGGCGAGGGCUGCCAGGAUGUCUGGCGCUGAACCGGAUGAUGAAGACUAUGAGGAAUUCGAAGAGAUGCUGGAACACACUCAGAGCGCACAGGUGCGGCCCGCCAGCCUCCUGCUGUCUUUUACUAUCUGAUUGUUAAUCUUGUGA